UUCUUUGGGUGAGAAUCUCGCGAGAUAUUGAGUUCUCAUGAAAUCUCCCAAGAGCCUCCGCUCUUCCUCUUCCCCAAAGCAUCCAUAGGUGACCCCUGAAGAUGGUUCGCUAUUCGCUAGACCCAGAAAACCCCACGAAAUCAUGCAAAUCGAGGGGCUCCAACCUCCGCGUUCACUUCAAGAACACGCGUGAAACUGCCCAGGCCAUCAAGGGCAUGCACAUUCGAAAGGCCACCAAGUACCUGAAGGACGUCACCCUGAAGAAGCAGUGCGUGCCCUUCCGCCGCUACAACGGCGGCGUCGGUAGGUGCGCCCAGGCAAAACAGUGGGGCUGGACACAGGGUCGGUGGCCCAAAAAGAGUGCUGAAUUUUUGCUGCACAUGCUUAAAAAUGCCGAGAGCAAUGCUGAACUUAAGGGUUUAGAUGUAGACUCUCUGGUCAUUGAGCACAUUCAGGUGAACAAAGCUCCCAAGAUGCGGCGUAGAACCUACAGAGCUCAUGGGCGGAUUAACCCAUACAUGAGCUCUCCCUGCCACAUUGAGAUGAUCCUCACUGAAAAGGAGCAGAUUGUUCCUAAACCAGAAGAGGAGGUUGCACAGAAGAAAAAGAUAUCUCAGAAGAAACUGAAGAAACAAAAACUUAUGGCCCGGGAGUAAAUUCAGCAUAAAAUAAAUCUAAGUAAAAGUAAAAGCAGAA